GAGCAGAACUGGGCUGACGCCGGGAGCAGCAGCACCAUGCAUGAGCUCAACGAAAGCAGCUUCGACCCCAUCACCUUCGUCCUGACCGGCAUCCCGGGCAUGGAGGAGUCCCACAUCUGGAUCUCCGUCCCUUUCUGCCUGAUGUACAUCACUGCACUGUUCAGCAACUCCGUCCUGCUCUUCGUCAUCGCCACGGAGCGCAGCCUCCACGAGCCCAUGUACCUCUUCCUCGCCAUGCUGGCUGUGUCCGACCUGAUGCUUUCGACCACGACGGUGCCCAAAAUGCUGGCGAUCUUCUGGUUCAGCGCCCGAGAAAUUUCCUUCGACGCCUGCAUCACUCAGAUGUUCUUCACCCACUUCAGCUUCAUCGUGGAGUCGUCCGUCCUGCUGGCCAUGGCCUUCGACCGCUACGUGGCCGUGUGCGACCCGCUGCGCUACCCGUCAACGCUGACGCCCUCGGUGAUCGGGAAGAUCGCGCUGAGCGCCGUCCUCCGGGGCCUCUGCAUCAUGUUCCCUCCCAUCUUCCUGCUCAAACGGCUGCCCUACUGCGGGCACAACGUCAUGCCCCACACCUACUGCGAGCACAUGGGCAUCGCCCGCCUGGCCUGCGCUGACAUCAGGGCCAAUGUGUGGUACGGGCUGACCACGGCGCUGCUGUCCUCCGGGCUGGACGUGGUGCUCAUCGCCGUCUCCUACGGGCUCAUCCUCAGGACCGUCUUCCAGCUGCCGUCCCCCGAGGCUCGCCUCAAAACCCUGAGCACCUGCGGCUCCCACCUCUGCGUCAUCCUCAUGUUCUACACGCCCGCCUUCUUCUCCUUCCUCACGCACCGCUUUGGCCACAGCAUCCCAGGCCACGUCCACAUCCUGUUGGCCAACCUCUACGUCGUGGUCCCACCGAUGCUCAACCCCAUCGUGUACGGGCAGUGCCAGGAGCCGGGAUGCUCUGCUCCAUGUCAGCCGUGAGACCCACGGAACCGUGCUGUGUGGUGGAGCCAAGGGCACAAGACGGGCAGGAUGAGACGGGCAGGGAUGCAGCAACACAACCCCGCUCCGUUCCAGGUCUCCCAGUGACACUGCUGCAAGUUCAAGAGAAGAGAGAAAGAGAUCCACAGUUUCAGAAUUAAAAAGAAAACAAAAA